CAAAAAGUAUCUUGGAUGAGUAUAAUUAUCUGCUCUCGACCGGUUUUAAAUCUGCGACCAAUUAAAUGCAAAUAACCUGCUCUGCUGCCUAUUUCCGUUCCAUGGGAGCUUUUGUGAAUCACCUUAAAAAAUGAAAUUGCGAACUAAAUAUUUCUUAUACAGAAUAUGAUCUGGUUGUAGAGUAAUACUAUAGAACCGGAGAACGGGUUCAGUGUAUGAACAACUCUAGAAGGCGGUAGAUAGCUUCUAACUCUUGGGGAAUACGCCUUUCGUUUAAACUAGUUGGCUAGUUAGAAUACCUGAACCGGUAAAAGGGUAGAGUUUAACCAGUUUCUAGUGUAGUGUAUGAAUGAAACUUCAAUUGUGCAGUGAAAAUUAAUUAGUGAUUGUCCAUACAUAUAUCGAUUGUUUUUCUUCAACUUCCAAAAAAACAAUGUUUACUUCAAGUGGUCGAAUUGUGUUUUUUAUCUUUUCUUUCCUGUUUGGAUGCAAUAUCGCUUCGGGAGAGAACUAUUACUCGCAUAGGAUAGGACUGGAUGAUCUUAUCCAUCAAUCAUUUAAGGAUAUUUUUCCGGAGUUAAGUGAAUGCUGUCCAAUAAAACCACUUCCUCCCAUCUAUGGCGGGACGCCAACGGAGGUUGAUGAAUUCCCGCAGGUAGUGCUCUUGCACUAUAUUGACAAGAAUGGAAAUAGCACCUUCCCUUGCUCGGGGACGUUGAUUAGCAGAUCAUUUGUCUUGACUGCCGCCCACUGCGUGACUGGUGAAAUUCAGAGGAAAUCAGGAUUUUUAGCCUACAUUCGAUUAGGUGAACAUGACCUCUCACAAGUUGAGUGCAAUCGAGGAAUUUGCAGUGAAAUAAAGACUAAAGUGGACAGAGCAAUAGGAAAAGUCAUUGUCCAUGAGAACUAUAGUAGCCGAACUUAUCAGAAUGACAUAGCCUUGGUGCAGCUCUCGGAUCCUUUGUAUGAUUUCUCAUCCAAUAUCGCGCCUAUGUGCUUACGGUGGGUUCAUAAGCCCAGUGCUACAAUUCUACGUCCAGAUCAUGAAUACACCGUUGUUGGAUGGGGCCGUACACUCAAUCAAAAGCAAAGUCCUGUCAGUAAUAAACUAAACGUAAAAUUGUACGAUCAUAAUGAGUGCGUUAGACAGUAUGGCAGAAAAAAUGUCACAAUAACAAAAGGACAAAUUUGCGGCGGGGGUGUAUUCAAGCAAGACGCAUGUGAUGGGGAUUCCGGGGGACCUCUUAUCUCAUUUAUUGACGGUUGCCCAGUGCUUGAUGGAGUUAUUUCAUUCGGAAGAGGUUGUGGAUUAGAAAAUUGGCCUGGCGUGUAUACAAAUGUUAUGGCGUAUAGGAGGUGGAUUGUGAAACACCUGGUUGCUUGAGUGACAGAGUGAUCAUCAUAGAUUGUAAAGGACUUAAAUGAUUUUUAUCAAGGAUCGUGAAGUGAACGCCAGGAGAUUAAUAAAGAUUACUUAGUAUUAUGAAAUAAAGCAGGGAAAAAGUAUUGUUUAAUAUGUAUCUUUAGUCUAAAUUAUCCAGACAGUGAACAAACACUUUCUAAUGUUCAGUUUAAUAUAAAACAGUUUACUUCUAAAA